CUAUGUUCAUGUCAUGUUCAUCAUGUUUAUUGAUCUCACCUUCAUCAUCAAAAAAAUCACACUCCUUUUGACAAAAAAUAUCACCAUAAAGAGUGUGAUUUGUGACCUAAUUAUGAAGUAAUUAGACACUUUUCUAUUGUCACACACUGUACAGUGUCAUCCAGCACAGCUCUAUUAUUCAUAUAGACAACACAAAAUUUAGGAUUAUCCCUGAGGAACAUGAUGGUCAUUUAAAAAACAAAUUGGGUGAUUAUGGAAGUGUUUGUGACAUUGUAGCUACUAAAGCUUUUAAUGAGUCAUUAUUCUUCUGUUAUCAUGUAAGAUGUGCCAUUGAUCUCACCUUUAAACCUGGUCAGAUGCACGAUAGUGUGUUUCUGUCACUCCAGCUCCCCUUGCCAUGGAGGAUAUUACGAAAAUGGCUGAAUGUUUAAGAGAUGUGUGCAAGGAUGACGAUGACAAUGAUUUAGAAGAUAAAGAAGACUUUUUGGGAGAGAUACAGGAAGUGGUGGUUAAAAGGGAAUCUGAGGAGAGUGACACCCAUUCCUCACCAUCUUCUUUCACUGAUGAAUCUUAUCAAGAUGUUAUAACAAAAUCUCCUCUACCACAGUGUCUGAAUGUUGCAUUUGUGAAGCUUCAGGAUGAAAAGGGCCCCUUAGCAGCCCCUGGCAGCUACCAGAACAUCCUGCAGGAGGGAAUAAACAUGUACAAGACAGUCUUCUUACAACAUGCCAAAACUGCAGAAGUGACGACUCUGCCAUCAGCGUUGUCUGCUGUGAAAAAAGAGAGACCUGUGAGUAAGACAGAAAUCUCUCCAGGUGUCGCCCCUGGACCUCCUUCCCCUGUACCUACAUCUUCUCAAUUUACUUCCUCAGAGGAUGAGUUGGAGAUGACCACACUGAUGCCUGGCAGUGUAGAAGAGCAGACAAAGGAUGACUUGUUGAUGGAUUGCCUCGGUCACAGCAUGCCACAUAGUGCAAAGCUUCAUGACAAAAUUGUCAAUCAAUUCAAAAAGAAUGUUCCUCAAUGCAAAAUUGCAAAGAAUUUAGGACUCUCUCCAUCUACAGUGCAUGAUAUUGUGAAAAGAUUCAAGGAGUCUGGGGGAACCUCACGGUGUAAAGGCCAAGGACGCAGACCAAAGUUGAAUGAGUGUGAGGCAGAAAUUCCUCCACCUGUCACCACUGGAGUCCCUAGUGCUCCAUGUUGGCCCGUAGAUCCCCAGCGACCCCAGUCCCCUGUACCUACACCACUUGACUUCACUCUCUUCGAGGAUGGUUUGGAGGCGACCACCCUGAUACCUGGCACUGAAGACGAGCAGACAUCAUCUGAAUGUGUAGAAGACUUGUUUGUAGUUGGGUUGGUUCGUGGCUCACCUCAUAAUGCAAAACUCCGUGACAGAAUUGUUGAGCAAUUCAAAAAAAACAUCCCUCAACGUAAAAUUGCAAAGAAUUUAGGACUUUCACCAUCUACAGUGCAUAAUAUUGUGAAAAGAUUCAGGGAGUCUGGGGGAACUUCAUUACGUAAAGGCCAAGGACGCAAACCACUGUUGAAUAAGUGUGAAUUUCAGGCCUUCAGAGAGCACUGCAUGACAAACCCUGAUGCUACUGUGGUGAAUAUAGUCCACUGGGCUCGGGACUACUUUGGAAAACCAAUAUCUGUUAACACAGUCCGCCGCUACAUCCAGACAUGCAAGUAGAGCUGGAUGUUUCCUUAUAGGGCGUCUCAAAAUAAAUGGAAUACUCCAGAUAUUGGGGUGUGGGGCAAAAUGUCAACACUCUCCAUUUUUGCAACUGCAUACAAGUAGUGCUUCACCAAUUUCUAUUUCCACUUUCAAAAGGACCAAUUGAGCAAAAUAUGCUUGGCAAGUUGACCAAGAAAGGGUUGAGCUGCCCAAUAGAAUACGAAUGUUAUAGUUGCAUGGUCUUUUAUGCCUGAUCAUCAGUGUUUGUUGCUCUUAAUCAGGAAACUAACACUGUUACUGACAGACAUGUGUGUCUGUGUAUUCUGCUAUACAGAACUGAAUUUUUAUGUUUUUUUGUUUGAUGACAAGUCAGUAUCAGGCCCAGUGUGGUUCAAGCGACAGCUGUAUGACAUCUGUCUGUGUAGAGAAUGACUUUCAGAAUGACAACAGGGGGCGCUAGUGUUAAGUGUGGAGUGAUAUUUAUUUUGAGAAAAAGCACAGAGCUAUCAAAAAAUAUGUAUUUUGUGAAUACAGUAUAACUGUAAUACUAAAACAAGUGGUGCCAGGCACAAUAAACCCCGCCCUUAGCACGUAU